AUGGAGCACCAUGCGUCGACCCUCGAAACUGGAGACUACGCUGGUGGCCACUUUGCGCCGCUCUUUUCGAAAGGCAACGCGCCCGUCUCGUACUUCAUCGUGCUGAGUGGCUUUGUGAUGUCCUAUGCCUACGGCGAGCGCGACUUCGACGGGGUUGCGCAGACUAGCUUUUACAUCCGCCGCUUUGGCCGCGUUGGGUUGACAUACUACUGCGCCUUGCUCUUCCAAAUGGGUGUGACGCUCCUCUUUAAUCCAUACUACCGCGAGCACGGCUGGCGUAUCCUCCCCCCGACGUGCAACUACGGCGGCUUCGAGCACAACCUUUUCGGGUGGGGUGAGGAGGGCGAGUCAAACUGCUCGCCGACCAAGGGCCUGCUGACCAACCUGCUGAUGGCGCAAGCGUGCUUCAACCAGUACGGCAUGAUCAACGCAACGAGCUGGACCGUGUCAACGCUCGUUUGCCUCUGGUUCGCCUACCCUUAUCUCCAGCCAUGCCUGAGAUCUGCCAGCAAUCGGCAGCUGCUGUUCGUCGUCGUACUGUCGGUCGUGCUCUGUUGGGCCGUCACGCUCUUUGUGUUGUCCUCGCGUGUGUUGGGCCCGGCUGCCGAGCAGUGGUGGGUCGGAUACGGACCGACGGAUCCAGGCUGGCAGAAGUUGGCGCAGGUGCUGCACCUCUCGCCCGUGCUCCUCUUCCCAGAGUACCUGCUCGGCCUCUCGAGCGGCCUCCUUUGCCGCCGAGGCUGGCACAAGGAGAUGUACGGAUGGAGCGCAGUGGCAACGGUCGCCGUGCUUUUAGUGCCUGUUCUCGCUUCUCUCCCAAACUCGGCGCUCCCCGGCGGCAACGGCUGGAUCGGAGUCAUGCCCGACUGCGCGCCCGACGAGCCGAUCGACGUGGGCGUGGUGCACGGCCGCUGCUCGGGCAGGAGCGUGUUUUACGAGGCGGUGCCUGCGCCUCUGUUUGCGCUGUGGAUGUACGCUUCGUGCACGGCUGUCGCCCGCGCGACGGAGCUCGGGCAGGUCAAGGGUGCAUCCUUUGGGCCCGUAAUCGACUUCGUUUCUUCGCCAGUCCUCUCUGGCAUCGGCAAGGUCUCCUUUCAGGUGUACUUGUUCCAAGAGUCGUGGGCAAAGAUCUUCAAGGAGCUGACCUCGCACGUGCCCACACUCGAUGGCGUGCCAAAGGCGAGCGACGAGGGCGACACGAGCGGGAUCUUCAACUUGCCGCGCGACUCGCCCAACCAGGCCGUCUACUUCGUCACCUUUCUGCUCUGCCUGUACACGUUUGCGGCCGCAUUUGUGAACUACGUCGAGGACCCGGUCAUGGUCCAUGUGAUGCGGUGGAUGGCGAGGGCCAUCAAGAGCAAGGCGGUAGUCAACUGGUUCUGUGCCGCGGGCGCGGUGAUGGCGCUGCUCUACUGGGGCAUGGCCCUCGGGCACACGGGCUGGCUUUGCUACCUGAGCGUGUAUGGAGUCAGCUCGGUGCCGUUGCAAGCCCGUGGCAUCGAGCGGGACUUUCCGUGGGUAGAUGGCGAUGUCAACGACUGA